GUGACUUCUUUGACAUCAAAGCACUGGCUAGGUAGGCUUUAAAAUACCCGUUUUCACCCUGGGGAUGGACAGCUGAGUUCAUCCCGGAACUGGGAAGCCAGUGGAUUCCUGCAGCUGAGCAAGUUGUCAGUGCCAACAAUAUGCCCAAGCAGGUGGAAGUGCGCAUGCACGACAGCCACCUCAGCUCUGAGGAGCCUAAGCACCGAAACCUGGGCCUGCGCAUGUGCGACAAGCUGGGGAAGAACCUCCUGCUCUCGCUGACGGUGUUUGGUGUCAUCCUGGGGGCAGUAUGCGGCGGGCUGCUUCGCCUGGCAUCUCCCAUCCACCCCGAUGUUGUCAUGUUGAUAGCCUUCCCGGGGGACAUACUCAUGAGGAUGCUGAAGAUGCUCAUCCUCCCCCUCAUCAUCUCCAGUCUAAUCACAGGGUUGUCAGGCCUGGAUGCGAAAGCCAGUGGCCGCCUAGGUACGAGAGCCAUGGUAUAUUACAUGUCCACGACUAUCAUUGCCGCUGUGUUGGGGGUCAUCCUGGUGUUGGCCAUCCACCCUGGCAAUCCCAAACUCAAGAAGCAGCUGGGGCCUGGGAAGAAGAAUGACGAGGUGUCUAGCCUGGAUGCCUUCCUGGAUCUCAUUAGAAAUCUCUUCCCGGAGAACCUGGUGCAAGCCUGUUUCCAACAGAUUCAGACAGUGACAAAGAAAGUCCUGGUGGCACCUCAGGCCGAGGAGGCCAAUACUACCAAGGCCGUCAUCUCCAUGUUGAAUGAAACCAUGAACGAGGCCCCUGAAGAAACUAAGAUCGUUAUAAAGAAGGGCCUGGAGUUCAAAGACGGGAUGAAUGUCUUGGGUCUGAUAGGGUUCUUCAUUGCUUUCGGCAUUGCCAUGGGGAAGAUGGGCGAGCAGGCCAAACUGAUGGUGGAGUUCUUCAACAUCCUGAAUGAGAUCGUAAUGAAGCUAGUGAUCAUGAUCAUGUGGUACUCCCCGCUGGGUAUUGCCUGCCUGAUCUGUGGGAAGAUCAUCGCCAUCAAGGACUUAGAAGUGGUGGCUAGGCAACUGGGGAUGUACAUGAUCACAGUGAUCGUGGGCCUCAUCAUCCACGGGGGCAUCUUCCUCCCCUUGAUUUACUUUGUGGUGACCAGAAAAAACCCUUUCUCCUUUUUUGCUGGUAUUUUCCAAGCCUGGAUCACUGCCCUGGGAACAGCUUCCAGUGCUGGGACUUUGCCUGUCACCUUCCGUUGCUUGGAAGAAAAUCUAGGGAUUGAUAAGCGUGUGACCAGGUUUGUCCUCCCGGUUGGAGCAACCAUCAACAUGGAUGGUACAGCCCUUUACGAAGCCGUGGCUGCCAUCUUCAUAGCCCAGAUGAACGGUGUCAUCCUGGACGGAGGGCAGAUUGUGACUGUAAGCCUCACAGCCACCCUGGCGAGUAUUGGUGCAGCCAGUAUUCCCAGUGCCGGGUUGGUCACCAUGCUCCUCAUCCUAACAGCCGUGGGCCUGCCAACAGAGGAUAUCAGUCUGCUGGUGGCGGUGGACUGGCUCUUGGACAGGAUGAGAACUUCAGUCAAUGUUGUGGGUGAUUCUUUUGGGGCUGGGAUCGUCUAUCACCUCUCCAAGUCGGAACUGGAUACCAUUGACUCACAACACCGGAUGCAUGAAGACAUUGAAAUGACCAAAACGCAGUCCAUUUACGACGACACGAAGAACCAUAGGGAAAGCAACUCUAAUCAGUGUGUCUAUGCUGCACACAACUCUGUCAUAAUAGAUGAAUGCAAGGUAACUCUGGCGGCCAAUGGAAAGUCAGCUGACUGCAGUGUUGAGGAAGAGCCUUGGAAACGUGAAAAAUAAUGACCUGACUCUCAGCCAAUUCUUGAAUAAACUCCCCAGCGUAUCUUAUGGUAAAAGAUGCUCUAAACAGGCUUCCUUUGCAAAAGGAAAAAUGCAUAUAUUUCUAUGUUUACUUAAUCUGUUAGCCGAGGCUUAGAGGAGUUGUUGUGCACCGUGAUGACAGGCACCGUGCUGUGUCUUUGCCAAAUAAUGCUUCAUAACUGUCUAAUUUUCUUACUUGUGUUAUUGUCUGGAUGGAUGCUGCUGGAGAAACCGCUUUGAAAAGAAGACACGUUCUCGCAAGCUUCCCCGUGUCUCGAUGCAGACCUGUGUGUGCUGUUUCCCCAGGGAGACAGGACAAAAGCAGUGUGGUACACGCCAGGGACUGGAGACAGUGAGCACACACACAGUAUGGUAUUCCUUAAAGUGUUCAUGGCUCAUGGUUCUGCACUAAAGAUUCUGCUAGAAGCUUCUAGAAGUUCCUCCUCUCCAACCUGUAGAGUCAGCACCUGCGUUGAUGGGAAGCAUCUGUUGUAGCGAACUCUGACGACUUACGAUUUGUGUACUGUCUAAGUUAAAUGUUUCAGAGUUUCUGUGGGUGCCCAUACUCUUGGAAGGCAGGUGACCCUGGAGCCCAUCAACAGCUGCUCUGCCUUCCGUGUGUGUGUGUGUGUGUGUGUGUGUGUGUGUGUGUGUGUGUGUGAAAAUGAAAAAUGUGGAAUUUAAAAUUUGAAAAUGAACUAGGAAUUAUCAGUGCAUAACUACUACAUACCUUGAGAAAAGUAAAAGAACAUAGUCAGUCUAACUUGUUAACCAGACUUAAAUGUUCAAGCACACUUGUUUGAUUUGCAUUCGGACAGUAGAGUGAAGUUGUGAGAUUGUCGGAUCUGUUUCUAUUUGUUCCAUGCAUAAGAUUCUCAUUUGCGUUUUUAGCAAAAAGAUUUUCAAUAUCCAAAUUGCUUCCACCACAUUCUCACCUGUCUACAUUGCUGAGCAUCUUAGCUUCCUCACACAGAGGGACACAUGUUGACUAUGCCUCUUUUCGUAUCAUUUUGAUAUUAUAAUAUGUAGAAAGUGUUCCAUUUUAUAAAGGGCCUGAAAGCCAUCCCAAGACACAAAAGCAUUCUUCCUCUUCAGGGAGAAAGGAACAGCAAGCCAAUCUCUAUAUAAAAUCCUAUAAAGGUGAUAGAUAUUCCCAAGACAGAGUGCAGGCAGCCUCGAACCAUCAAGUAGGGACAAAGAAUGACUCCACAUAACCUCCCAGGUAGAAUCCUUUCCAAGGGCUGUGAAAGUCUGAAGGAAGAAAUAAUAUAAUUGGCACAGUGUGGUGGUUUGCCUGUGAUAUGCAGCCAAUGAUUCCUUAAUGAUCGGUUGUGCAAGCUAAAAUUCUGAAUGUCUCCACUAUUAUCUUCUGAUGAAUAACCCACAGUAUUUUCCUAAGAUUCCUGCAUUUAAGAGUUAGCUGGGAACUUGAGUAACUGAGAAACAGAACACAUUUGACUCUAAAGAGCAGAUGGAACCCGGUCUAUAGGUCAGAGUACAUGUGUCUUCCGAGGCAAGUAGAGCUGGGGAGACUUUCAUAAAUAAUAGUAGGAUACAGUGUCUCUAAGAAAGGGUACUGCGACAUUGCCUCUCCUUUUAGUUUCUCUUGUGACUUCUCUCCUUCAAAUCAGACAGCUUGGAAACAUACAAAAGACAAGAGAUUCCUAGGUUUUGUUUGUUUGUUUGUUUUAUUUUGUGUUAAUCUCAUAAACCUUAAUUGUUUUUAAACAAGGACCACCAUGGAGCAGUAUUAACUGAAUUAUUUAUUUAUCUUUUCGGUUUGGUUUUUGGCUUUUGAAACAAGGUCUUGCUAUGCAGCCCAGGCUAGCUUCAAACUCACAGCCUUCCUGCUCAGCCUCAGUUCUAAGAUUAUAGAUGGGCACCAGCGUACCAGCUGGCAGAUGGUUUUUGAGUGCUGUUUGUUUUCACCUUUAUUUGAAGGACAGUUAGCAGGGUAGACGUGACAGGCAAUGAAUCCCUUAUAGAAGACAAAAGGGACCAGGAUGACAGUCUUUGGUGUAGCUGUGGAACUAUUCCAGAUAGCCUGAAAGUGGUACCCACUACUCCUGUAGGAAACGCUUUCCUACCUGUGUAGCUGUAUCUAGCGAAGGCAUCCGGGAGCAUGCUGGGUUUUGCUAUGUGUGUUGGGGGAGGUCUUUCCAUACAAUGGUUCUCCCCAGAUGGAAGGCCAUCUCGUUACUUAUACACUGACCUUUUCUCAAAAGCAGUCACAUAAUGACAAUGUGUGCUGUGGCUUUGUAGUCUGCCUGAAAACCUUUCUAGUGUGUUUUGUCUUCAGCUUGUCCCUAGGUGUCCCAUUAACCUAUGUCAGAGGGCAGUGUUUUUAGGAGAGCCAAGGGACACUGCUUCCCUAGUCAGGUUUUGCUGAUUUCAGAAUAAAUACCUGGUCUCACAAGAAUUGUAGAUCUGAAUGUCCAAUCUCUUCUGUGUAGUUCUCUCUCUCUCUCUCUCUCUCUCUCUCUCUCUCUCUCUCUCUCUCUCUCUCUCUCUCUCUCUCUCUCUCUCUCUGUCACUCCCUUUCUCUCAAACACACACACACACACACACACACACACACACACACACACUGAAUGCGACACAGUAUCACAUACACUAACUCUAGGGAGGUUUGUAUUUUGGGGCUUUGGUAGCCCUAUUCCUUAAAUGGAUUCAGUUGUUACUUCUUAGGAAACAAAAUCAUUUUAGAAGCAAACCAACCAAGCAGAUAUUCAGCCUUCCAUUUCUCAUCCUUUCCCUUUGAGAAGCAAGAAGAAUUAUUAUUCAGCUAUUGUGUAAAACCCAGCAAAGCCAAUCCAGUCAGUGAAUAAGAUGGUUGUUUUGAAGGGUGGCCUCUCCAUAUACAGUCAUCAGGAUAUAAGCACACAAAACCUUAGUAAAGGCCUGGAGGUAAUUUUAGGACCACAAGGUCACAACCAGAUUCUGUUUUUUACUUCCUGUUGGGUAUAGCAAAAAGCCUGUGUGGCCUCGUUGCCUGUAGAAGUUUUCAUGCUCCAUACAAGACAAAUGGCUCAGGUCAGCUCGGACAGUCAGAGCGAAAGGCUACCGAAAUGUCCCCGGAUGGAAACUAAGAAAGCGGAGAAGUGGGUAGGAAGAAUUCAGUGUGGGGGACAAUUUGGGAAUCUCAGUGGUCAGCUGACUAGGUCUCGGGUAAUUUCCUGCGGUGGCUGGAAAAUCAUGCUGCACACAAGUACCAUUAUCUAGAGGGCCUCUCUCGCUGAGAGAUUGGGAAACUUAUCUCUGGGGUCCUCAGAAAAAAAAAAAAAAACCCAAUCCUGCCUUGUUUGUAGAAAUAAUCCCCCGUUUGUCCUCUAAAGCCAAUUACUAUAACUUUUCGUUUUUGUCAGGAUCCAGGCUCUUGCCUUUGCGCUGUUUCUCUCAUGCAGCAGAGCAAUAAAUCCAAACAGGAGUUCCCACACUCGCGACUGGGGUAGACAAGUCUGAGCAGCUCUGACCUUUGAUGCCUGAGACUGCAGCAGUUACACCCCAGGGGCAGCUCGCACAGCUUCUGCUCUCUGUCGCCGGCUUCACACUUUUGCUUAUUUUCCAGCCUAACUCAUUAUAAGCCGAGAAGAAGGACCAGAUGGGAUUUUCCGGUAUUGGGAUACUUAUGGGACCCCAGGGCCAAGGACCGUAAGAAGAUAAAAUGUCUCAAGUGAGGGUUUCCUAAAUCAAGUUGUCACUGAAUAUUCACGGUUUUGGCAUCAGUAGAAAUUUCUGGCUAAACCCCCAAAGAAGGGUCACUGCGUGCCAACCAAGCCAGGUGGCAAAGGUGACAGCUAUCUUCCCACGGGUGAAGUGAUAUAAAAUCUGCUCAAAAACACCCAUCGGUUUAGGAAUUCCCCUAAAACUCUCUUCCCAGUUCACUGAUCUCUUCCUUCCUUUCUUUCCAUCCCAUUGCUCAACAGUCAGGGUGGUAAAUGGCCAUGUAGUUAUGCGGGGGUUAGCCGGGGAGGAGACAGCAGAUCUUAACUGAGUAAUAUCCAGUCUCACUGCCUAAACCAUAAUUAGGCAACAGCACAGGGAUGCUUAAAAACAGCAUGGUUUGGGAGAGGAAACAUUUGAUUUAGACACUGCCCCCUUGUAGCCGGGUGGCUUACACAGUCCACUGUCUGUCUGUGCUUUUCUCUCUUCCGUAUGAGAAGGGAAGGGAUUGGACCAAAUGACUGGUCUCCCUCUAGCUCUGCGCAUGUGCUUUUCUGAUCCUCUGCUUUACUUUCUUCCAUCUUCAGAGGCUUCCUGUUCUAAAGCAUGGCUCAUCUGCAUUUUAAGUUGUAAAUACCCACAAUAAUGAAUAAUUGGUUUAGAUGGUUUUUUUUUUUCCCCUCAUUCUCUUUGGGCGACUCCAGCUCAAGCCUCUAUUCAUCCCAUUCUUUACAACAAGCUUGGAGAGUGGCCAUUUUAACCCAUAGUUUAACCCACGGUAAAUAUUUUUUUGUAAAGGUUCCUUUAACCUAAACUCACUGUUCUCACAGGAGUGGCGGUUCUGCCCAGGGAUAUGCCCUUAGAGUCAUGGUGAGGGACCAGGCACCUCACAGAUGCUCUUGCAUCAUGCAUGCUGUGGCAACAGAACCCACUCCAAAUACUCAGCCCACACCAUUUUCCCCAAACAGCCCUAAUUGCCAAACCUGUGUGGGAACUUGGGAGGCUCUGGCAAACAAGCUUGAACACUCCUGACAUUUGGUGCGAGAUUCUCACAAUCAUAGCAACCGUCUCCACGUACCUUUCCCUCCACAUGCAUGCUGUGCAUGCACGUACAUCCAUUCCUGAGGCAGGGAGCCGAGCCUUUUCUCCAGAGGGACGUGCAGGCGGAUUUGAUUGAUUUCAUUCGAAAGUUUUCCUCUUGGUUUGCUUGCAUAACGGACAGAACAUUGUAGGGACGGACCCUGUCACUUAUAACAGGAGAGUUUUCCGGUUUGCUCGAGCCCUUGCCUGUGCCCCCAGAGUGUCUAGUUAGGAUGUUGCAAGGCCGCUUACCCUCUCCUGUUCUGUUGUAAUAGGCCAUAGCUUGCGUGUUUGACCUCUGACCAAAUUUCUGCUAGAGUGGAGUUGAUAUGUCUAGUGCAGUGGACUUCGUUCUUGCCAGAAAAGAUUUCAGCUCUUCAGAUUUGGGAGCACAAGAUGGAAAACCAGGUCUAAAGGGUUACUUUUUGCUGGUGGUAGUGAUGGUGGUUGGGUGUCCCGUGUCCAUCCCCGUGUCUCCCCCGCUCCCGGUGUCAUGUCCCCCUGCCCCAGCCUUGAGAUAGCAGAAGACCGGGGAGCAGAGAAGAAAGAUAAUGCUUCUUAACUGACCCACUUGAGGUCACUGUCGAAAAGCGAGAGAUAAGGUUCCUGGGAAAUAAGGUUCACACUACCACCCGAAAUCAUUUCCCAUCAUCAUUUUUUUUUUCCUACGCCAUCUCCCAGUCUUGUUUUAAUUUUUAUCCCGUGAUCCAGUUACCCAUUUUGGUAUUUUUUAGAAGUCUUUCUGGUGGUAUUUUGAGGAGUUUCCGUGCCGAGAACAAAAUCUACCGUUGAAAUAGACCUGCAGUCAGUAUGUAACCUAGACAAUGGGUUCCUCUGGAGACACCCAAUCCCUGGAUGAGCUUUGGAACCUGACAACCACUGUUCUCCUUGUUAUCACCCUCUGGGACAUGGGCAUGAUGCAGUCAGAGCCUUGCUGCUUCUGGGCUCUGUUUCUCCUCGUGGCAACCAUUUACUCUGCCUGGAAACAGCCCGCUGCCUUUCCUAGGGGAAAGAUACACUCAGAAGCCAAGGAAGUUGGUCAAACAGAUCCCAAGGUUCCUCCACGCUGGAGCAAAUUCUCUGAUACACAGUCCGAAACUUGGCUCCCUGGUGACUUACUCCUCCAUAUUUCCCUUCCUGGUCUUAAGAGUCUUUGGUACCCAGAUUCUUCUACAGCUCACCUCAACCCUUUCCUCUUCCUUCCUUCCUUCCUUCCUUCCUUCCUUCCUUCCUUCCUUCCUUCCUUCCUUCCCUCCCUCCCUCCCUCCCUCCCUCCCUCCCUCCCUCUUACCUUCCCUCCCUUGUCUGUCCUUUCCUUUCUCCUUCCCCUUCCCCUUUCUUCCUUCCUUCCUUCCUUCCUUCCUUCCUUCCUUCCUUCCUCUGUGAGAGUUCAGCAUCCCACAUUCACGCUGCACAUCACAGACCAGAUCAUCUGGUCAUAUAGAGAUUUGUAUAUAUGAAAACAAACCUACUUUUGUGAAAAAUUUUGUAUAUUCUUUUUCUAUUUGUUUUCUACAGCUUGAGGAGAGAGCUGGCAAACUGUGAACUGAAUUUAUCUUGAUGCCAGCAGAUAUAUUUUAGCUUCCUGGGAAGAACCUGUGUUACUAGGGACAGCAUAUUGCCCUCUGAUCAGUAUUGCACCCUAAGUCUACAAAGCUAUUUUGGCCCAAUCUUACAUUCUUUCUUACAAGAAUCCCCAAAGUUCUUUGCUAUUAUUUAUAAAGAGAAAUAUUUAUAGUCCUUGAUAUUACAAGUUUAACCUUAAUUUAGCCUUUAAUACUAUUACGCAUGUUUAUAUCUAUUCUUCAAAAAUCGUAAAAGACUCAGAGUAGGCCGAAAUAAUGUAUUUAGUAUCUGUAAUUUUUCAGACAGAUAUUUUCUUAUGAUAUUUUCUAUACAACCACAUAGAUAGAAGUGUAACUAAUUUGAGCACAAGUUUCUAUAGCAGUUUAGGGUUAUCAGCUGUUUCUUGAGCAUACAGCCACAUUUGUGAAGUUUAGGAACUCGGUCCUUGAUGAUGCAAUGAGGAACAUGAGCAAACUAGGCACAAGGAAUUGCUCAACCCCCUUAGGUACUCAGGAUGCACAUCUGGACAGCUAAUCCUCCAAUGCCAAGGAACGGGGCUAACUUCUCUUCUCCCGGCACUGGGCCUUGUUUUCCCAAUCGACCGUUCUAAUUUUCCUUUCCCAUAAGAUAAAGGCUGGUGCUAACAGUGGGAUCUUUUCUAUAUCGGAAUCUUCUAUGCAUUCCUAAAUGCUUAUGUGAAAAUUGGCCUAGGAAAAUGUUGAAUAGCAAAGACGGAGGAUGAGUGGUAGGACAAGAAUUAGGAACAGGUUAAGUGCAGUUUUGAGUCUUGCCAAGCAAAACGAGAGCAAACCCUCACAUUGUUGCAUGAAUUGAACAUAUAUUUUUAAAGAAAAUUAAAGAUAACAUAUUUUAGUACCCGCUCAGAAUCCAUACUGUGUCACGUGGGGACUGGAGGUGGGAUUUAGAGUCACACUGAGUUUAUUUAGAAUAAACCCAAAUAGCUUAUCCUCAGGUAGACAUCAAACUAUGUAACCUUCCCUCAAGGUAAACCGGUAGCCACGGAACACACGCAGUGUCUUUCCUCCACCAAACACACUCUCUGAGGAGGUGGCAGGGCUAGUAUUUUACCGCGUUUGAAAGGGUGGUCUGUUACAAUAGAACACAUGCUAGCAUGUAUUUGAACCUGCUCCUCAUUAAGUGAACAGAUUAGAUGUGCCCUCCACUGGCUAAGAUUGUACCUGUUUCCAAGCACAGCUAUCUGUCAGAGCAUGACAUUCUUGUGUGUACACGCUGACACUUGGUUCACGCAUGAAGACAGUGCCUAUGCACUUUGUGUAGCGAUAAUGUAGGUAUUUGUGUGUAAUUUCAGUGAAAUGGUGUAUAGAUGUAAUUUAAUUUAAAUGUUGUUCUUGCUGUUUAUCUAAAUGCAAUAGAUAGGUUGAUUGCUGUUUGGAAAACUUUUUUGUCAUCUUAGGUAUUUUCUAGGGGUUAUUUCUCUUUCUUGAUGUAAUCUGAGUGAAGAACUUACCUAUGAAGCCUCCGUACUGAUGAUUGUUUGCAAAUCUUUGUGUUCAGCACCUUUGUAAAUACAGCUCUGAGCAGGGAUGGGGUUGAAUGUGUGUCUUGCCACACAGUGAAAGGUCAUCCUAUGCCUGCAUCCUUCCCAUUCAGUGCACUGGGGAACUUGUGGUUGUCAAGGCAGAGGGAGGUUUAGGAUGAGGACACUCAUCUCCUGUCCUCCCUCACCAGAGAGCUGGUCCUAUAGAGAUAAAAGAAGGGGGCUCCAUCUGCUCCUUGGCAUGCUUAAAUCAUGUCUUUGGGGAAGGGUCAACCUCCUGGUUGUCAGAUUUUCAUCAUGACAUGAUGCUCGUGACCUAAGACUCUGAAGAGCCGUGUUCCCCUUGACGUCUUGAGUCAGAAAACAGGGGUGCAUUUACUGAUUAGCUGCUGUGCAGGUGAAACCCCCCACCCCCACCCCCCAAAGCACAGUUCUGGCAGCAUUUGCACAUUUGUCAGAAAACAACAGAAUACAGCACGGCCAGGGGCCAGCCUUGGCAGCGGCGGAGGACCAACCCCUGAUGCACUGAUCCCAAGUAUGUGACAAGAGUCUGAUCUCCCUACCCAGUAUGCUCUGCUUGCUUGUGUGAAGUUCAUGAGAAUGAGAUUAAUAAGGACAAUUCGAUGCUGAUGGCUCAAACCACAUCCCUCCUCAUUCUCACUGAAUACCAUGCUGGGAGCUCUGUCUUUCCCGUAGCCCCUCCUUCUUUCAGAGAGGAUGAAGAUGUGAAGUACAUUAAUUUCCAGGGGCUGCUCCAGAUAUGUGGAGUGAGGGGAUGUGGUGUCUGGGUCCUUCAAAUUCUGGAUGAGAACUGUACUGAAGGGAAUGUAGACUGUAGGCGGGAUUAAUGGUUUCCCUCAAGUUCACAGUCCCUGCUGGUCUGAUGUCAUGUAGCAUAGUGUAUCUAUAAUAGCACGUGGUAUUUAAAGACUAAUGAAUGGAAAAAGAUGAGAAACUCAACUAAUUUGGAGACUGUUUCUUAUAUAUGGUACUAGGAAAUAUAUUGCUGGCAAAGCACAUCUUGGGUAGCAGAGGUCUCCCAUGUUUGUCUUCAGCAUUUUUUUGUGAUGUGGACUGAUGACUGUAACAUUUUCUGUGUAAAAUAACUGGAUACUCUCCAUCUGCUGGAAAUAACCUGGGAAUCCAAUCCUUCACUAAGUGUUUUAACUUCUCUGUGUGUAUAUAUAUAUAUCUCUUCAAUAAAUGUGGAUUCCAGUUUC